AUGAAAAAUAGUUCGGCAGAUGAGUGGCAGCACAUAGUGAACGAGAGCAAUCGACUAGUGAACGGAAUGGAACGACUUGAGGAACCCGUGAAAAUGUGGAACACGCCGUUGACCAGCUUGCUGUUCUACAAACUGGAUGGUGACACGUUGAUGGCAUGGGAGGAAUAUUCUGCGGAUGAGAAGGCGGACAAAUUUCCGAAACUAAUUGAGUUUCUCGAACGAUGGAUCAGGAUCCUCAAUUCAUCGAAGGUCGGAGAGGAAGGUGCUUUUGACAAGAAGGCUGCUACAAAUGCGAAGGUAACCAGAAACUACGUAAGGGGUGUAUCCAUGGUGGCCGGCCUUCCUGCAGGAAUGCGACACAGCAUUGAUCAAGUCGCAUCUAGCUCGUCUCCGACACCUAGUUCGCGACCAUGUGAGAUCGCCAUUGAAAUGCCUACGAUGCCGAAGAAGACACCACACGAAGUUGUGUGAUAUGGAAGAAACAACACAACAUGGCAUACCAGCCG